CUUUCUGCACUAAGUGGGCUGAUAAAGCAUGAAAUAGCGGGAACGUUAAAGUAUCGUCGAUACGAGAUUGAAGCGAGCUGGUGUUGUACGAGACAACAGAUCCAUCAGCGAAGAUGAGUGGCUUGGCGGUUUGUUUGAUACUCCUCUCGACGGUGCUGGGGAUCCUCAGCGAUUGUGCUGUGCGGCCACCGGAGUGGGGAACCGUGAGAGAGAGAGUUCUUCAGGACGGUACUCUGCAGAUUGUGUACUCGUGCGAGUCGGGCCGUAAACUGAAGGGUCACAAGAUAGCGACUUGCACCGCUGACGGUUGGGACGAACCCGUUCCGAAAUGCGUGCCUCAUAAUAUACUACGACGUUUCCGUAACGACCUUUAUGUCGGCGAUCAACCAAUCGCUCCGGACAGGGACAAGGUACAAAUCGCGAAGGAUCGUCUUAAGGCGUUAGAGAGGAUAGACGAUUUAAAAAAGCGCAGCAAAACGAAGGAGGGCAACAAGAGGAAAAAGAAAAGGAAGAGGCCGGUGAAAUCCUCGUCAAGACUACCUACAGCAACAAGAUUAAACGAAACCGUAGUGUCCCAAUUGGAUAUCAGCUGUGCUGCGAGGAAAAUCUUUAAAAAGGGACUCAUCAAGGCUCCUUCGAUCGAGAAUGCUCGUCCCGCCAAAUACGCCAGGAGAAAGAACGUACUGCCGCCGUAUAAUCGAUAUCUGGUUGCGGUUUACGAGUGCGCGGAUGGUUACGUCUUCGUGGAUUCGACGACGGACAGGCUUUUUUGCAGUAACGGCACCUGGCUGGGACGUCGUCCGAGAUGCGUGAGAGACAAUCAAGCCCCAACGGAUAAGGUGAAACGUUGCGAUCAGGGAACAGGCGAAUGCGAACACGUGUGCGAGGAUACGCCAAGCGGCAUAAAGUGCUCCUGCUUCGACGGCUUUCGAGCUAAAGGACCGUCCUGUAUCGACAUCGACGAGUGUGCAGAAGGCAGUGCGAAAUGCACCGAUAUUUGUCGCAACGAACCCGGUUCGUACUCGUGCGAGUGUCAUCGUGGUUUUCAGCUGAGGACCGAUGGUCGUUCUUGCCAAGACAUCAAUGAAUGCCUCUCGAACAAUGGGCACGGACCUUGUCAAGGUACCUGUCGUAAUCUCGAAGGAAGCUACGAGUGCAGUUGCACGGAUAUUCCCGGGUAUAAAUUAGCUGCCGACAAUCACACUUGCGAAGACAUCGACGAGUGCGCGUUGAACAACGCGAAUUGUUCUCAUCUGUGUUUAAACACGCCCGGGAGCGUCUUCUGUCUCUGCCCGGAUGGUUUUUAUCUGACGAAUGAUUGGAAAACCUGUCAGGAUAUUAAUGAAUGCGAGACGACUCCGAAGAUAUGUAUGGAGAACACCGAAUGCGAGAACACAGUGGGAUCGUACAAAUGUACAAGUACAAUACAUCCUCAUGUGGUAACGAAGAUCCUUCGAGAAGAGAACUACGACGAUGACAAUGAAGACGAUGAUGACGAAGACGAGAACAAUGACGACGAUGAUUACGGAGAAGAGAUUACCGAAAUUCCGCAGAGCUCGAAAUGCGAAAAUGGCUUUAAGAAAAAUGAAAAUUUAGAGUGCGUUGAUGUAAACGAGUGCGCCGAGGUUGAAUCGCACCGCUGCCAGCACGAGUGCGUGAACGAGUUGGGUGGUUACCAUUGUGCCUGUCGAGGUGGUUACGAGCUCGCGGAAGACGGUGCGACGUGUAAGGACAUUGACGAGUGUGACGUACCAUCCCGACCGUGUUCGCACAUCUGCCGCAACAUCGUUGGCGCGUACGUGUGCGAGUGUUUUUCAGGGUUCAUGUUGACGGACGACAACACGACUUGCGUCGAGGAGCUCAAGAACUGCUUCAGCCUGGCAAAACCCUGUUCCCACACUUGCGAGGACACCACGGAGGGACCACGAUGCACUUGCCCAACUGGAUACGAAUUAUUGGACGACCGUGCGACCUGCACGGACGUCGACGAGUGCGCCCGGGAGGCUCCGUGUUCGCAUUCGUGCGUUAAUUUCAACGGCAGUUUCGUUUGCACGUGUCCGAACGGUCUGGAGAUCCUCGGGCACGCGAGUAAAUUUAACUGUACCGACGUAGACGAGUGUGGCAGAGAUGAUCACGGUUGCCAGCACGGAUGCGUGAAUCUGCACGGCGGAUACGAAUGCUUCUGCCAUUCAGGAUUCGCUCUGGAAAUCGACGGCAGAUCCUGCAUCGACGUGGACGAAUGCGCGGAGAAUCGACACGACUGCUCGCAUGAGUGCAAAAAUUAUCCCGGAAGGUACGAAUGCGUCUGCCCGGAUGGAUACCGAAUCCUGCAGGAUGCGCGCACGUGCGUCGACGUGGACGAGUGCGCGGAAGGAUCGCACGGGUGCUCGCACGAAUGCGAAAACGAGGAGGGUGCUCACAAGUGCAGGUGUCCUGGCGAUAUGUCCUUGGAUGAAACCGGCAGGAACUGCGUUCUGUCCGAUGCGUGCGAAAUCGCGAAUUGCAGUCACACUUGCGAGAAGGAUCGGGACACCUACAGGUGCGUCUGCCAAGAAGGAUAUAUCUUGCAAACGGACGAAAAAACUUGCCUAGAUAUGGACGAAUGUCUCGAGAAUGAGCACGAUUGUUCGCACGAAUGCAUCAAUAUUCUCGGAAGUUACAGAUGCGCUUGUCCACAGGAUAUGAAACUUCUCGAGGACGGUCUCACCUGCGGGGAUCCGGUAUGUUCUCAAGGACUUCGACAGGACGAGCAUGGUGAGUGUCAAGACAUCGACGAGUGUCUCGAAGGUGAACACGAGUGUUCGCAUUUGUGCUACAACGUGUACGGGUCUUAUCGAUGCUCGUGUCCUUCCGGCUGGGUCCUAGAAGACGACAGUCUUACUUGCGCGAGGAGUGAUCCUUGCUCCAACUCCACGUGCUCACAUUCGUGUAUUCCGUCAGACUCGGGUUAUAAAUGUGAGUGUCCUACGGGUUAUCUUCUUGACGGAGACACGUGCAAGGAUAGAAACGAAUGCGAGGACGAGGUGAUGAACGGUUGCAGUCACGAUUGCAGAAACCAAGAAGGUUCUUAUUCAUGCUCCUGUCCGGCGGGAAUGGAACUUGGAGAGGAUAAUCGUACGUGCGUAGUCAUUCCAGACGAAUGUGCGAAAUCUCAAGGAAAUAAUAACUGUACUUGCCCCGCGGGAUAUAUUUACUCGCAAAGAGAGCGUGUUUGCAAGGACGUUGACGAGUGCCAGGACAAACAGAAUCACAAUUGUUCUCACGACUGCAUUAAUACUGACGGCUCUUACUACUGCGAGUGUCCUUUCGGUUGGCGACUGCGGGAGGACUCUAGGACCUGCCAGGAGCUGCCAGAUGACCCUUGCUCCAAGGAUCACGGUUGUUCACACACGUGCGAACAGGAUGACGACCGCGUUCGUUGCGGUUGUCCAGAAGGAUAUGAACUACAGGAUGACGGGAAGACUUGUCGGGAUGUGGACGAAUGCUCCGAAGGCUCUCAUGCGUGCAGUCACAUUUGCGUAAACGUCGAAGGCGCUUACCAUUGUCAGUGUCUCUCGGGAUUCCGGUUGGAAGACGAUCACCGAACCUGUCAGGAUAUCGACGAAUGUUCGUCCGGAGAGGUCGAUUGCUCUCAUGGAUGCCUAAACAUGAACGGCACUUAUAACUGCACCUGUCCUGAAGGAUAUGAACUACAAGAUGACGAUAAGACGUGCGAGGUUGUGGACAAGUGCGUCGCCUUGAACAAUCCUUGUUCGCACAGCUGUAUAAAUCAUAAUGGUACUUACGAGUGCUCGUGUCCUGCGGGAUACCACAUUGGCGAGGAUGGCAGGACCUGCGAGGACAUCAACGAGUGUAUCCAGGACAAUGGAGGAUGUUCGCAUCUUUGUGCGAACACGGAAGGCGGUGUCGAAUGCGCGUGUCCCGAAAAUUAUGAACUGUUAAAGGACGACGGCAAAACAUGCGUAGAGAUAAACGCGUGUUCCAUCGAUAACGGGGGAUGCUCACAUUUCUGUCAUCACGAGGAUGACCGGUUAUUUUGCUCCUGCCCGCUUGGAAUGGUUCUAUCCGAGGAAACGAUAUGUACAUACGAAAACGAUUGUCUGCAGGACAACGGUGGUUGUUCCCAUUUGUGUUACCACGAAGCCGGAAACGUGACCUGCGCCUGUCCAUCCGGUAUGAUUCUAGCGGAGGAUCAAAGACUCUGCGUGCAAGAAGACGGAUGUGCGAUCGAGAAUGGCGGUUGUUCUCAUUUCUGCCAUGAUCAUGAUGGUAACGUGACGUGUUCGUGUCCCGUAGGGAUGUCCUUGUCUCAGGACGACGAUACUCUUUGCAUUCACGAGAAUGAGUGUCUGCUUAACAACGGCAAAUGCUCGGAUACCUGUAUUUUCAUCAACGAUUCAGUCGUCUGCGAGUGUCCUGAGGGCUACCGUCUAUCAUCGCGAGACAACGCUACCUGCUUGGAUAUCGACGAGUGCUUGGAGCUGCUAGACAACUGCACCCAUCAGUGUCUGAACAUUCCCGGCGGCUUCAACUGCAGCUGCAACGCUGGCUUCUCGCAGAAUUCUCUAGAUCCGACCCUAUGCGACGACAUCGACGAGUGCGAAAUCGAGAAUGCAGGAUGCUCACACUCCUGCGUGAACCUGGUGGGCACUUUUAGAUGUCAGUGUCCAAUAGGAUACGUCCUAGAGCAAAACAACAAGACUUGCGUUUUGGUGGAUGGCUGCAAGAACGACAACGGGAACUGCUCUCAUCAUUGUCAAGUGGAUGGUCCCGAUGGAAUUCCGGGCACUCGUUGCUCCUGUCCACCUGGCUUCCGCUUGAGGCGCGAUCUUAAGACCUGCGAGGACAUUAACGAGUGCGAGGAAUUCGAGAACGACGUGGAAUCGGGCUGUUCUCACAUCUGCGUGAACACCGAGGGCGGUUAUGACUGCGAAUGUCCAGUCGGCUAUAUUCUGAUGCCGGACGACCGAAAGAACUGCGUGGAUGUCGACGAGUGUCUGACCAGCAAUCACAAUUGCACGCAUGACUGCGUGAACUUGCUAGGCAGUUACACGUGCACUUGUUACAAAGGACAUUAUUUGCACACUGACAAUUUUACCUGCCUGGACAUCGACGAGUGCUUCGAGCGGAAUGGCGAGUGCUCACAUAAUUGUACUAACACCAUCGGCGGCCACUCUUGCUCCUGUCCGACGGGCUACGAACUGUCAGAGGACGAGAAGACUUGCAUCGAUGUCGACGAGUGUUUGAGUGACAACGGCGGAUGUGAUCAUAAGUGCGUUAAUACUGUGGGCUCUUUCCGCUGUGAAUGUCCACCGAAUCAUGAAUCGUGGAAUGGAUCCUGCCGACCGUUCGAUCCUUGUCGAGACCAUAAUGGUGGCUGCGAGCAGAUUUGCACAGCAGUGAACGAUACCGUAAUAUGUUCGUGCGAGAAAGGCUUCCAAAGGGACGAGAUCGAUGGUUUCAAAUGUCGUGAUAUUGACGAGUGCGAGGAACAGCACGGCUGCGAUCAUAUUUGCGUCAACAAUCCCGGCUCGUACGAGUGCAGAUGUAAGGAGGGAUUUGAAAUGAUGAAUUCUACUUGUGAAGACGUCGACGAAUGCGCAGCCGGUAUUUGCAAGGGCAACAAAUGCACCAACGUGCCGGGCAGUUAUCGUUGCGAGUGCGAGACAGGAUAUCGAUUCCACGGAGAUACCUGCAUAGACGUCGACGAAUGCUUGGAAGAGACACCCUGCAGCGAGAGAUGCGUCAAUACACCUGGCUCGUAUUACUGCACGUGCUCCGUCGGAUUUCAAUUGGAAGGGAGCAAAUGCAUAGAUAUUGAUGAAUGCGAAUGGCGUCGCGGCAGAUGCGAUCAAGAGUGCGUCAAUACCGUAGGAUCAUUUGUUUGCGCCUGUCGCGCUGGAUAUACGUUAAUUUCGAGGAGUCAAUGUCAAGACGUGAACGAGUGUCUAAACCGGAACGGCGGUUGCACUGGCGAAUGCAUCAACACCGCCGGAAGUUACUAUUGCGCCUGCAGUGAGGAUUUGGUGUUGGCGCCCGACGAGAAAACUUGUGUCUCGCCAACGUCGGGAUGCCGUGCCAUGGAGCCGCCUAUACAUGCAGAGAUCAGAUGUCCAGGACAUCCUUCCGGCGCAUCCGUCUACCCCCAGGGCGCCAAGUGUCAUGUCCGAUGUCGCAGAGGUUUCCGGUUAGAAGGACCGCAUACGAGACACUGCGUCAGUGACGGCCAUUGGAACGGGAAAGAACCUAUAUGUCUGCGCGAAGUCGCAACAGACUCUCUUUACAAUCCAAACACGCCACAACCGUUCGUGAGCUGCCCCCAGGACAUGGACGUCGAAUUACCGGCUAGGCAAAACACGAUACGUGUAACUUUCCCGCAACCAAAGUCCAACAUGGAUUGGUGGAGAUACGUACACGCUUCACCUCCAUGGGCAAAGCAAUUGCAAGCGGAUCUGCCAGCGGGCACGACGGUCGUUACCUUCACGGCAUGGUCGCCGGUCUCUAAUUACACCAGCACCUGUAGGAUCGUGAUAAGAGUUCGCGAUACCGAAAACCCCAAGGUUACUAUGUGUCCCGUGUCUUUCGAGGUCAGACUGAGCCCGGGGGAACGAAAUCGUCUGAUAUUCUGGCAAGAACCGACCUUCACCGAUAACGUUGGCGUGGAACACAUUUAUAAAACGAGGGGACCUGGACAUGUGAUGUAUCCCGGCAUUCACAAUGUGCGCUACGUCGCCUCGGAUGCAGCCGGAAAUCGAGCCGAAUGCCAUUUCUCGAUACACGUGAGAGAAUCCACGGAUGUUCUCGACUCUGAGCCGAGAUUCUACAGAAGAAGAAUGCUGAUGUGCCCUGGCAGAUCGCCCCAGCCCGUGCCCAGCUCCUCAUACGAGUGGCAAAUACCGAGCGGUUGUUACUUAAGAUACACCAGAAUCUUCUCGGGAGCUUAUCAGCGACAUCCGGAGCAUCGACAGAACGGUUAUCCAGACACUGAGGCCCCUUAUCGUGAACUUCCGCCUACCCGGCAGACUCCGAGUCGUCCAGACAACGCCAGAACGUACAAUACCGACAACUAUCGACAUCCAGGCCGACAACAAUACCACCCCCUCCGGCAGGAAUGGGAGCAGCAGCUGCAGCAGCGGCAAUAUCGGCAACGCGCCACGAGGACCGAUCACGUAGUUUCGCUACCGACUCAUUACGGCGCGGGCCGCGUCGAGACUAGAAUAUUGCCACCUCGGCAUGAAUGCUGCACGUAAGGGCUCGUGAACGACAUGUAAUAGGCGAACGUAAGUUAACUCCGCCAGUCUCCCCGAGGAAAGGCUGUCGUGUAAAUCGGCACCUGCGAGCUCCUGCGCGUACCCACAAUCAGUAUGAAGAUCGAUUGCUGUAAUUAACUUUGGAAAACGUAGCCUAAAAGAAAAUAAUGUAAUACGGUACUUUGUAACUCGCGGUACUGGUAUUUUCGUUUCGUAAGCGGCGUAUUUUUCUGUAAUAUCCAUUUUUUGAUACUUUCUU